AUGGCAGAUGCAUACCGGCUGUUGCAGAGUGAGAGACUCGACACACUGACGAGGUUCUGCGCGAGCCACAAGUUGGAUAUUGCCGAUGUGUGGGUCCCUCUGCAGUUGCUGCGCUCCACGCGAGGGAAGGACGACACUCCAGUGCAAAUUUCACCUGCCACCGCCGUUGUGCUGCUGAACCAUGCCACAGGUCAGCUGUUCACUCGCCGGUCGGACAUCUUGGCUCACCUCCCCCUGUUAUUUGUUGACGCGUCGAACCUCGCCAUCCCGCCCAAUGUGGUGCCCGAGGGCUGCAUCAUAUUUGCUCGCGCCACCACAGGCAUGUCAAAGAAGCGUCUGCCGAAGGGCAUCACGCUGCUUCAUCGCCCAAUCACAAGUACACAGGCUGUUGCGGAAGGUUCUGCCCUCGUGGAGGAGGGAGAUGACCCACAGCAGCUGUUGAGGCACACGCGAACGAGUACGGAAAGCGCUACCGAUAUGUCCACUGUUGCAGGAGGCCCCAAUGGCUCCUUAGGGAAGCGGAGCAAACGGGCAAGAAGCGAUGCAGUGUUUGAAGAACAUCUGCAAAAGGCCCUGGAAGCGUCUGGCAGUGAGCGUGCUGCCCACGGGAGUACCAUCAUAACGGAAACAAUGGCAAACCUCAUUCGAGUGCGUGACGCUGUGCCCCUUCACUUUAUGACGCACGGGAAGACAGAGACAUCGCUGCGUGUGAAGGAGGUCUCGUGGAAUAUACCAGAUGGACGUAUAAUGUACCGUAUUUUUAGACGGAGUGGUUCGUCAGACGCCUCUACCAAAUCAACCUAUACGGACGCUGCGCGCUUCAUUGCCGUUUUUAUUAUUGACAAUGUCCUUCUCAGACGGGAGCCGAUACAUGCUUAUCUGCAGCACGGGAACCCGUCCUGGUCCUUGAUUGAUCUGGAAUUGCUGACUGCGGCGCAGAAGCUGGUGGAGAAGGGCUAUCGUAUCGUCCUCUUGGAUCACUACCCCUCGCUUCACCAUGGAAAUGUCUUUGCUCUCGAGGCAAAACUACACCCAAUAGCAGAGCUUUGUCAGAAGCACUUCAAGUGCGAUGUGACAGUGGUGCUGUCGACGAUGUCUUACAUCAGCGCCUCACACAGGCGUGAUGGCAUGCCCUUCGUUCUCCCGUACUCUGGGGUGUGGCAGUUCUUCAUCGCCCAGCUUAACGGUGGACUUCGCGCCGAUGCGGAAUCGUUGCUUGUGGGUGCUGCAGCAGAUGACGCAAGUGGAAGCAGCGCAAAUCCCUCGUCUCAGGGGAAGAGAGACGCACAGUUUGCGAUGAACUGUGGUCUCCGCUAUGUUGAUGGAGCAGCACUGAAACAGGAACUUAGGCAAUCCUGA